CAAGCGCGUUGACCCGUCCUGAUCCCUAUUAUACCCACUUACGUAUUCUGGUCCUGAGAAUUAAAGGGUUAUAACUCAGAGUAGAAGAGAGAGGGUAGUUUGUUCAGAUUGAAAUAACUAUCAUGUUUAAUUCAACCUUGGUAUUUAAUCCAUCUGAUGGAACUUCAAAAAGGUUUUCAGUUCCUAUUGUUCAGGAAUUGGCAUCUCAGAAUCUUCACAGCCUUCCUCAAAGGUAUAUCAGAUCAGAGGCAGAGCGCCCAAAUAUCUUUCCUCUUCCUCAUUUGGACAUCCCUGUAAUUGAUAUGGGCAUGUUUUUGAGAGAUUCAGAUGUCUGCAAGCAAAAGGAACUGGGAAAACUUGGUAUUGCUUGCCAGGAGUGGGGAUUUUUUCAGGCUGUGAAUCAUAGAAUUCCUUUGUCUCUGAUGGAAAGAAUGAAGGGAAUUAUGAGGGAAUUCAUUCAACUACCUUUGGAAGAAAAGCUCAAAUAUGAAGUGCAAGAGCUUGAAGGUUAUGGCCAGGCCAUUUUAGCCUCAGAGGACCAAAUACUGGACUGGGCAGAUGCUAUGUACUUGACAACUCUACCUCCAGAGAAUAGAAAAAUGAAUUUUUGGCCAACAAAGCCAGUGGACUUCAGAGAAGUUGUGGAACAAUACGCCGUUGAAAUUCAGAAGCUUGGUAAUACUGUUCUUUCCCUUUUAUCAGAGAAUGUUGGACUAAAACCAGACUGUUUCAUCAACAUGUGUGGGGAAAUGGCACAGGUAAUGCGAUUGAAUUACUACCCACCUUGCCCAAGACCAGACCUGGUUUUAGGCAUAUGCCCUCAUUCAGAUGGACAUGGUUUGACAGUAUUGCUGCAGGAUGAUGAAACAGUGGGGCUACAAAUCUGUAAGGAUGGUGAAUGGAUUCCUGUUCAACCCAUCCCUGGUGCUCUGGUUGUCAAUAUUGGGGACAUGCUUGAGGUAAUAAGCAAUGGAAUAUAUAAGAGCAUUGAGCACAGAGCGGUCACAAACAUGGAUAGAGAUAGAAUCUCCAUUGCCAUGUUUUAUGGUCCAGGUAGAGAAACGGAAGUGGGUCCUGCUCCUGAGCUCAUAGAUGAGUUGCAUCCCUGUCGAUACAGAAGAUUCAUUCGUGCAGACUAUAUUCGGCAUUUCUUUUCUGGCAGGCUUGAUGGGAAGAAGAAAAUUGAAUUUGCCAAAAUCGAAUCAUAACUUUCUUGAAUGUUCAAUGUUGGGCUAGGUUAACUAGUUAAGACCUGGAAAGUCAGGCAAAAGACCUACAAUUCUAUUUGAUGACAUUCUAUAGUGGGUGGGCUUGGGUGUUUAGUUUGAGGAAGUGACCAGUAAUAUAAUGCAUUAUAUGAUCCAAAACUGUUAAUUUUCCUUGAGUUCUUCUAGGUUUUAACAUUGGUAUGAAUUCAGUCCUUAGAACAGGAAGUGGCAGUUUGAUAUCCAUUGAGGAGAUUAAUGAGAGUCCCACUUUUCUCUAAGUUCCUUGUUUUUAGAUAAUUUAGUAAAAUUCAUUAUCAAUGCUUCCAAA